GCAUUUUGCAGGGCUGUUUUGAGGGGGGCGGGGGGGCGGAGGAAACGGAAAGCCGCGCCGAGUCGCCGGGGACCCCGGGGCUGAGCCAUGUUGAGUCCUGCCACCGGGGAGCAGAUCCGCCUGGUGAGCUAUGUGGAGGACUACCUGGACUCCAUCGAGUCCCUGCCGUUCGACCUGCAGAGAAACGUCUCGCUGAUGCGGGAGAUCGACGCGAAAUACCAAGAGAUCCUGAAGGAGCUGGAUGACUACUACGAGAAGUUCAAGCGGGAGACGGACGGUACCCAGAAGAGGCGCAUGUUGCACUGCAUCCAGAGAGCUCUGAUCCGCAGCCAAGAGCUCGGCGACGAGAAGAUCCAGAUCGUGAGCCAGAUGGUGGAGCUGGUGGAGAACCGCAUGCGGCAAGUGGACAGUCAUGUGGAACUCUUUGAGGCCCAGCAGGAGAUCAGUGACAGCACCAACAGUGGCAAAGCCGGGCAGGAUAAGUCAAAGAGCGAGACAAUCAUACAGGCAGACAAACCAAACAACAAACGGUCCCGGCGGCAGCGCAACCACGAGAACCGAGAGAAUGCCUCCAACAACCACGAUCACGAGGACCUCUCCACAGGCACGCCCAAGGAGAAGAAAGCCAAGACCUCGAAGAAGAAGAAGCGCUCCAAGGCCAAAGCAGAGCGGGAAGCCUCCCCGGCAGACCUCCCCAUCGACCCCAAUGAGCCCACGUACUGUCUGUGCAACCAGGUCUCCUACGGAGAGAUGAUCGGCUGCGACAAUGACGAGUGCCCCAUCGAGUGGUUCCACUUCUCCUGCGUGGGCCUCAAUCACAAACCCAAGGGCAAGUGGUACUGCCCCAAGUGUCGGGGCGAGAGCGAGAAAACCAUGGACAAAGCGCUGGAGAAGUCCAAAAGGGAGCGAGCCUACAACAGGUAGUUUGUAGCCCCGUGCUGCCAGUGCAGAGAGGAACAUCUCGGUGGUGUGCUUGGCGCUACCCUGCGGAGGCCUGAGAUUGUCAGGUGAAGGUUUUCAAGGGUGUUCGCAGUGGGUCUAUUUCUACUGAGACACACGUGUAAGAAGACUGGUCUGGGAUCAGCAUUUUAGAACUAAAGAUAGGUUUGAAUGAAAGACUUGAGUGAGACUCAGACUGAUUCAGGGUGGGGAGUGACUUGGAAGCAACCUAACAAAUUAAAUGUGGAAAGAAAAGAUUUUAUUUGGCUUGUUUUAUUUUAUAAAAUAAUGUUAUACUUUAUGUACAGUUUUGUGUUUUUUAAUUAGCCAAGUUGCUCAAAGUACGGCAUACAGUAAUUUGUUUCUUGCUACCAUAAUGUAUACCGAUAAAACCAAUUCAAUAACAAAGGUUUAAAGUUCAAAAAAUUAUUUUUUAAAAAGGCAACUGGGUAAAUUUUACAUAACAGCUGUUUUAUAUACUGGCCUGUUCCCCUAUGGCUAUUUUUAAACGAUUGGGUACCUUUUUAUUAAUUCACACAUAGGUGGUUUAGUCAUGGAAUUCAGAUUAUGAGUGUAGCCAUCUCUAACUUUAUUGAAAAGUAUGUAAAUGUGUCUUUCCAGAGUUCUCACUGUGCUAUUGGAAGCUCAGCCCUGGUGCUGUUUUGAGGCCAAGGUGUGUUGCACUCUGUGUGUGUGUGUGUGUGUGUGUGUGUGUGUAUGUAUGUGUGUGAGAGAGAGAGAGAGAGCACACACACUGCACACAUGUCAGCAGGAAAUAAAGAAAUGUGGCCAGUCUGUUUCUCCAGCAGUAUAUUUAACUUUAACAAUAAAGCUAAAAAGUCUUGUCUUAAAAACAUUUAUAUACCAGCAUUUUAGACAAAGCCUUAAGCAAGUUGUGUAUUGUGCUCACACUAAUAAAGUAGAAGUUACCUAAUUGCCAGCAGAUCUACAUUUGUUUAGACUAGAGGUCAGGCAAUGACUGGCCACCACCAGAUCCGGCCCACCAUCUGCUUUGGUGUGGCUUGUAUGCCAAGAAUGGUCUUUACAUUGAAUAUGGUUUUAAAAGUCAUGCUUCAUGAUACAUGAAAAUCAUAUGAAAAGCCAAUUUCAGUGUCUAUAAAUAAAGUUUCUUUGGAACAUA